GAGAGAAAACAGCGAAUAGGCGGAGAAAAUUCUCAAUACGAGGCUUCUGAGGAAACGUGGGGCGUAGCUCUAUGACAUCGGACUUUUGGGUGGAGCCUGGGGCGUGCAUCGUGAUCACGUGGAUUCAGGGCAGCCAAUCAGGGAGAGAAGGGCCGAAAAGCGAGGAUGAGAAAAACAAGGCUUAGCCUACAUUGAGCUCUUACCGCUGUUGGGAGUUGGGCGUGGCUUUGCGACGUCACGCGCGUGGGGACCAAUUGGUAUCACGUGAGUCGCGAGAGCCAAUCACAGCGGGAAAGAGCGUAGUAGAGAGAAAGAGGUGGAGAAAAACAAGUAGGCGUGGUUUUAUGACGUCAUUGCUGUAAGUGGGUGUGGCCAGGAGGAUCGUUUUGGAGACUUUCCGGUUGGAAGAGGAAGAGGCGGGGCUUAGCGGUUGGGCUUCCGGCGGAAGGUCGCAAUGGAGCUCCGGGCGGAGCUGACGGACCGCCGAGGGGAGAAGCGUCCUUUGCGGGUGCGCUGCGAGGCUCCUCCGGGGGGACUGAGGGCUUUGCUGGGCGGCCUGGCUCUCCUGAGGGAGCGGGUCAGCGCCCUCCUGGACCCUCUGGUGGAGCAGGAGAGGGGCGCCCACGGAGACGGCCCCGCGCCGGCAGGUGAGGAAGAAAGCGAAGAGGAGGAGGAGGAGGAGGAGGAAGGCCUUGCGGAUGCCAAGCCCUCUCCAGACGGACCUCCAUUAAAACGUACAAAAAUGCACUCCUGACAAAGCUCCUGGAAGCGCUUGGGUUUUAUCCUUCGGACGCUGUGCCUCCAGACAGCGCUGGGCCAUUUUGACAACUAGGAAGACGCCAACCUUGUCAUGGCUUAUUGUUACUUAAUAAUGCAAGGGAAGAUGGUAAUUCAUUUGCAAACGUCGCCUGACGUUUCUGAACAAGGAAAUAAAGUGAGCUGUUUUCUGUUCA